UCCCAGAGGUGGCUCGUAGCCGCCUUCAGUAUCUCUCAGCCAUUGCGGUUCUCCUCUUCGGCUCCGUUUUGCUGUUUCACUGCUAAUGUCAACCCGCUGAAGGAGAGGGCUGCAGAUUACCCAUUAGAAGAUCGCUUCUUGUUGCUUUGCCCUUGCAGUUCAGCAUUGAAUUGUAUUCGAUGUCGAUGCUGGAUUCUCCCACAUGUUUCGUCGAUGCUGCGGCGUCUCACAAUACUGUUUUCAUUGACACCAGCCUCGGCACUCACUUGGCGAUGGCCGUCUCAGACGGUGAUAUCGUCUCUGAUAUCAAAGGAAAGAUAGAGAAGGAACAUCCACUGUGUUUUCCUCAUCUCGGGACCGUAAAAAUUCAUGCAAUUAAGGUAACGCGCAAAGGGCACUUCUAUCACCUUUCUGACUCCAUGUAUUUGAAAAGUGCAUUUGUUGGCUACAAUGACUGCUGGUUUCUUUCUGUUGAUGCUUCUAUUGUUGAUGGUCAGUCAACUGACCCUAAUACUGGCAAUCUUUCAACUUAUUUUGAAAGGGCAGGUGAUAGCUCCGUUGAUAGAAUAAAUGUUGCCAGAAAUAAUCAUGGUGGACAUUUACCUAACCAUGAUGCUUCACAAUUACAAGACAUUGUGACACAAGAAUAUGUCAAUGAGAAAGCCCCUAGUAGAAAAGAUUUAACGACUGAGAAGGAAGAAGUUACUCAUUCUGUUGAAAAUUGCAGCAAACAUCAAUCGGGCAGGAUAAGGAAUGGCUAUGAAGGCCUCAGCGAAACACUGGAAUCUUUGCCUACUGUGAAGGUGAAUCGUAAAAGUAAGAAGAGAAAAACAAAAUUGAUUACUGAACAUGAAGUUGUUAAUCAUACCGGUGAUGAUAAUGAUCAAAACUCAUUGCAGCAAGUCGUUGGAUCUGGUGAAAAAUCCAGGGAAUAUGUACAUAAUAAAGUUUUUGAUCAUCCAAUGAUGGAGAGAAAAUCCAAUGUAGGUGAACCUGGUCAGGUCUCAUCUUCUAGUGCUCGUGAUGAAUCUGAACAUGGAAGGACGCUUAAGUUUAAUUUAUCUGAGGAAGCUGAGGUUGAUGACAAAAAUUAUAAAUCCAAAUAUCUGAUGGAUAAUACUUCUUUGGUAGGUGCUGCACAGGCUGGGUUCAUUGCAAAAAAAAUGCCCAUGAUUGAAAUGACAAGUGGAGUAAUGAAUGGAGUGGAAGGAAACAGAGUUUUUGUUUCUGAAUCUAGCAAAGCGACAUCUACACCUAAGGUUACUUCCGAGUACUUGUCGGAUAUGAAACAAACUGCAAAAGUUGUCGUAGGUAGUUUGUCUACUGAACCUGAUGAUCAACUGCCCAAGAGUGGUUCAAGUUAUGAGAAGAAGAAGACAAGGAAAAGGAAAAGUAAGUUGUCAUGUUGUCCAAAUGAGGCUGUUGGUUUGAUUUCAUCUAGAGUAGAGGAUCAACAGGAUGCAAGUCGAGAAUCUGAUAUAACAACUGUCCCCAGUCAAGAUAUUGAGGAGGCAUCAAUUCCCAACCUCCUGGGAGCAUCCAGGAAAAGGCACAAUGAUUCGAAUGAUAAAAUUGCAGAAACUUCUGCACCGUCCUUGGUUGGAGAGUCCUGUGAUGAUAAGAACAACAUUGAACUUGGCGAUGUGCAAAGCAUAAGGAAUGCGUCUGAUAAAGCUGUGUUAGGAGUAAAAGGAAUGAUUGAUUCAAAGGACAUUGCCUCUAAAAGCAAGGAUCCCACUGAUCUCCAGAAAAGCAUUAGUACAUCUGAGGAUGCCAAUAAUGUUCGAGGCAAUCAUCUUACGUGCAAAACCGGAAAGGUUCCAAUUCUAGAGGGAAAAGAGUUUCUGCAGGUCACCGAUACAAAAGCCUCAAUGGUAGAGAACUGUCACUCAUCAAGCUGGGAUGGUACUGACGCUAAUGUUAAAGCUGCUGAUAUUUCUGAAUCGGUACAUUUAAAGGGAACUACUGAAAGCGCCAAGCAUGGUAAGAAAAGGAAGAUUAAAAAAUCUAGGGGUUCAGCAGAAGAAAGACAGAUUAAUUUAGUCACAGCAGGUGCUGGAGAUACCGCACAAGACAUUCUUCCAAUUGAGCCACAAAGUUCUACUUUAGGUGAUAAUUCUUGUAGUAAAGCUGAGAUUGGAGAAAACAAUGUUUCUCUAAUGAAGGGAGAAAACACAACUAGUACUUCCUUAAUACCUGAUGUUACUGAAAACGCCAAGCAUGGUAAGAAAAGGAAGAUUAAAAAAUCUAGGGGUUCAGCAGAAGAAAGACAGAUUAAUUUAGUCACGGCAGGUGCUGGAGAUACCGCACAAGACAUUCCUCCAACCGAGCCACAAAGUUCUACUUUAGGUGAUAAUUCUUGUAGUAAAGCUGAGAAUGGAGAAAACAAUGUUUCUCUAAUGAAGAGAGAAAACACAACUAGUACUUCCUUAAUACCUGAUGCUAGGAACAUAGAUAUAGAUAAACCAAUUAUAAGUAAGGUGGGACCUUCGAUGCAAAUCAACCAAACUCAAGCAGUAGCAAAAGACAUGGAUGGGCAAGUGAGAAAGAAAAAUAAGAAGAGACCUGUGGCAUCAAUGAAAAGUACACCAGACCUUCAAGAAGAAAGUAUCGGUAAUGAGGAUUCAUUCCCAUCAAAGAGAAUUGACGAGGAAGUAAAACCUGUGUCUAUAGCGGCAAAGAAAACUAAGUUUCCGAAAGCAAAUUUGAGGAAUGAAAUUGAAGAAGCAAAUUUGGACUCUACGCUGUUUUCUGAGGUUGAAACUACUCCUAGCAUUUGCAAGAAGUCUAAGACAGUUGGGCCCUCCCUCACUCCAUCUCUCGUUUCUGAAGGCUAUGAAGAGAGGCCUAUUGAAGCAAAUAGAUGUAGCAACACCAGUAAAGAUGGUACUACUGAUAAUGUUGACAAUCAUGGUGAAGUUCCUUAUAAAAGCGAUAAAGUUGGCAUUGAGGAAAAGGCUGUCAAACUACAACACAAAUCCGUUGAAGUGCAUGUCGACAAGUUGAGUAGAGAGAAAAGUCCGGAUACUUUGCUCAAAUCUAAAAGGAAAAAGAAAAGUCUAAGUGCAUGCUCUUCUGCGGUCUCCUUGAGUACGCAGGACAAACAGAAGUCAGAUGAAAACACAGAGACUGAGGAACAUUGGCAAACUAGCAACUCUAGCGCCCUCAAACUUCAUGUUGACAAUAAGCUAAAGAAAAAUUCAAGAGGUGGGGUAAAUUCUCUGCCUUCUAAUGAGCAUAAGCAGCAAACCUCUGACUCUAAUAAAGCAGCUAGGGUGAGGGAAAAAGUUGUUGAUUCUUCUCGGGGCAGUACUGAGAUAUACAGUGAAACUCCUGCUUUACCAAAAGCAAGACCCAAGUUGAAAAACUCAGCAAAUAUGGCUCAACAGGACCAAAAGCAUAGGGGAAGUCAAUCUACUGUUAUUGGCCAUCCUCUGGGUGAACAAAAACCUUCUCGGAGUGGAAAGCAAGAUGAUACUCAAUCACAACGAAAGAACUCGUUGCUUACAUCAGGAGGCAUAUUUAAGGAUGCUAGCAGUGAUAGUUCUGAGGAUGAAGGUGGAAUUGCUGAUUCAGAUGCUAGAUCUCCUGAUAAUUCAUUAAUAUCCAACUUCUCAGACGGUGAAAGCAAUGGAUCUGUUGACUUGGAAAGAACAAACACCCGUAGAAGUAUGAGAAAGAAAGAGCCUUCAAGCCCUGAGAAUAUGACCCUUGACAUAAUCCUUCGAAGUUCAAGUAGGUAUAAGAAGGCAAAGCUCACAGCUGUGCAAUCACUACAAGAUGAUACUGAAAGCCAGCCUGUCGAUUUUGUUCCAGACAGUCAGCCUAAUAUUUAGUUUGUUAUAGUCAUUUACCUCCUCCCAGAGCAAUUUUCCAGAAUUCAUUGCCUAAACCUUCUUGUGCUUGUCUAAGUUUGUUAAUGGAGAUUGUCAAGAUAUCAAAUUUUUGUGAACUGAAGAAAUCACAAGGAAAUGAGAUCCUUGGGUUCUUUCGAUGCUUGCAUGAUGUUUCCAUGCUGAGUCUGUUCUGUAGUACAUAACCAAAAAUAUUAUUUUGAAGUAAAUUAUCAGUGGAACCAAACUCUAUGCUUA